CCUGGGCUCAGAGCGAAAGGCGCCGUCCAAGAGAGAGGAGGCCAAAAGCAGGACCGGGAGCAGAAUCCGUGCCGCGGACUCUGCUGAUUAUCCGCGGCUGGGGACACCCGGAGCAGGGCCGGCGGACUCGCAGAUUGACCUGCCCCGCUUGAAGCCCCGGGAGCUGGCCCGCGGGAGGCGGCUGCGGGCCCAGAAGCAGGCGGGUGAAAAUUGGGGACAAGGCGAGCUCCGGCUUAGCAAGGCAGAUUUCUGUGGCAGCGGCGGCGUGAGCCCCUGACCCAGACAACAUGCCCAUUGCCAGAAUGCGCAUGAGACCCUGGCUAGAGAUGCAGAUUAAUUCCAACCAAAUCCCAGGCCUGACCUGGAUUAACAAGGAAGAAAUGACUUUCCAGAUCCCAUGGAAGCAUGCAGCAAAGCACGGCUGGGACAUCAACAAGGAUGCCUGUCUUUUUCGGAGUUGGGCCAUUCACACAGGCCGAUACAAAGCUGGGGAGAGGGAGCCAGACCCUAAGACAUGGAAGGCCAAUUUCCGAUGUGCCAUGAAUUCACUCCCUGACAUAGAGGAAGUGAAGGACCAAAGCAGGAACAAGGGCAGCUCAGCUGUGAGAGUGUACCGGAUGCUCCCACCUCUAACUAAGAACCAGCGGAAAGAGAGAAAGUCCAAGUCAUCCAAAGACUCCAGAAGCAAGAGCAAGAGAAAGUCAUAUGCAGAAUCCAGCUCUGACACCCAGUCAGAUGGGCUUAGCCGCUUGACUCUCCCCGAUGACCACAGCGGAUACACAGCUCAAGUUUAUGUGGAGCAGGACAUGGAGGUGGAGAGCUCUUCGGUCUCACUGGAUCUCUCCUCCUGUGAUGUCAGCAGCACCCUCCCUGACUGGCAAGUCCCGAUGGAUAUCAUCCCUGAUAGCACCAACGACAUGUACCCUUUCCAGGUGUCGCCAAUGCCGUCCAGCUCUGAUGCAACGGACGAGGAGGAGGAGGAAAAGCUACCUGAGGACAUCAUCAAGCUAAUAGAACAGUCAGAGUGGCACCAGACUGAUGUCGAUGGUAAAGGGUAUCUGCUUAAUGAACUAGGCACCCAGCCUAUCUACAGUAACUUCAAUUUAAAGGAAGAAGAAAGCGACAUGGAUGGAUCAGGAGAGUUGAAUUUACAUCGAGCCUUCACAGAACUGAGGACCCUGGAUCCGAGUUGGAUGGAUACCCUGCUGACACCUGUCAGACAACCCAGCAUCCAGGCUAUUUCCUGUGGACAGUAACCAUGUCCUCCCAGUGAGCCCAUAGGGCAGCGUUUUGGUGGCUGGUGAAAACAGUCCUUUUACUGGAUAGCCCCAAGAAACUUAGGGUCAGAAGAGGGCUGGGCCUGCCUCGUAAGAAGACUGGUAUCAGGAUUUUCAAUGAUUGCCAGAAAGACAAUGAAGGCAGGGGCUGCAACUCUAUUUGUACUCAUUAGUUUCCCACUUCGUGAGCUCCCACCUGCUAUAUUCUCCCAUUGAGAUAUAGUGACUGUGAGGUCUGGGCAAACUCCUGAUUUGGUGGCGGGAAGGAAGGAUUAGUUCAGUAAGGCCUCUUGACGCCUCCAUGAUGGACAAGAGAGUUCAGCAAGAACCACUGGUGACAGUCAUUUGCACUAAAAAAAUGACCUUAUUUCAUAAUCAUUUGCACUAAAUGAGCCCUUUCCCCUAAAGACCCUUGGGCUGGCGUGUAAAUGUUUUAAGGCCAGUGAAAUGUGAAGGAAAAAUGAAUCACAUACAAUGUUACUUCCUCCAGACUUUGUUAGAGAGGAAGAAGCCCUCUCCUGAAUCCUACUUCACAUUGGCUGUGAAUAGUUUUUCCUCACAGAGCUGUGUAUACACUAUUUUUCCCCCCAGAUCUUUUGACCAUCUGCAUUUAUUUAUACUAUCCCUUGAGGAAGUGCUGUGUGCUGCACAGUGCCUAAGGAGAGAAGUGAAUGUGCCUUGGCUUUCAAAUCUGAAAUACCAUCCAUUACAAAGUCAUGUAUGUGAUCCUAUGUAAAUAUGUAAAUAUGUGAAUUUGUUUUUAUUAAAAAAUGUUUACAGAGGAAAUAUAUCAGAAAAUGGACAUGACGAUGAAUUUAUGCUUUAUAGUCAACACUUAUUA